AUGUUCCGAUCUCCAUCUUCUUUUUCUCUUCGCCUUCUCAGGAAUGCCAGAUCGAUCCCUAAACCUUCGACAGCUCGAUCCAAGUUCUACAGCUCUUCCUCCUCUACCACCUCAGCAUCAUCCUCCUCCUCACUACGUUCAUAUGGAACCACCAUUCUCAUAUCCAGUACAACUGCAGUUGUCUUGACGCAAUUGUGGAACUCUCGAAACCACAUGGUACAAUGCGACGAUGGGGCUCAAACGAUACAUACCGCUUCGGAUAGAGAACAGGCAUAUGUGACACCUGAUGAUUCAAAAUCAAUCAUACCUUCCAGCAAGGAUCCAAAAUACGCUACAAAAGAGGUGGUGGAAAAAGUCGUUGGGCUGUUGAAAGGGAAAUUCAAUGAUGAUCAGGUUACGACGAACCCUGAUGAAUUGUUGAGUCAUGGUGUAUCGGCUAACACAUAUCAUGCCGCCGCUAUUCCCAACGUGGUAGUCUACGCCGAAUCGACCGAAGACGUCUCAAAAGUGAUGAAGCUCGCCAAUGAGUACCGUGUGCCCGUCACCCCUUUUAGCGGCGGAACCUCUUUAGAAGGACACAUCACCUGUCCAUACGGUGGUAUCUGUGUAGAUCUGUCGAGGAUGAAUAAUAUCGUCGAAUUACAUGAGGAAGAUGCCGAUGCGGUCGUGCAAGCUGGAUGUCAAUGGGAAGCUAUCAAUGAGGAAUUGAAAGAGAGAGGGUUGAACAUGUUCUUCCCUCUUGAUCCGGGACCGAGCGCAUGCAUCGGUGGUAUGAUGGCCACUGGAUGUAGUGGAACGAACGCUGUCAGGUAUGGUACAGCCAAAGGAGAAUGGUUCUUGAAUGCUACCGUGGUCUUACCAAAUGGAGAAAUCAUCAAAACGAGACAGCGGUCAAGAAAAUCUUCCGCAGGAUAUGAUCUUACCAAGCUGUUUAUCGGAGCGGAAGGUACUUUGGGUAUCGUCACCGAGGCUACUAUCCGACUGGCGCCUGUUUUACCCACCCGAGUCGCCGUUUGCGGUUUCCCAGGUGUCGAAGAGGCUGUCCAGGCAGUCGGAGAAGUCAUAAAUCGUGGUGUUCCCAUGCAAUGCGUCGAACUAUGCGAUACAUUGAUGAUGGAAGCUAUUGGUAAAUUCGGAAACGUCUCCAUGCCAUUACCUUCCCUCGAUACUAUAUUCUUUAAAUUCCAAGGAUCCAACGCUGAAUCAAUCGAAUCAAAUAUCAAGAUCGUCUCUGAGAUAUCCCAAAAGUACGGUGGUCAAGACUUGGUCUUCGCUAAGAACGAUAAAGAGUCGGACGAACUGUGGCAAGCUAGAAAAUCCGCUCAUUGGUCUGCAAUGGCACUUGUCGAAGGUUCUACGUGUUAUUCUACCGAUGUAUGUGUACCUGUCAGUAAUCUGCCGAAAUUGGUCAAGCAGACCAAACAGGAUUUGAAGGAGAAUGGAAUUGUUGGACCGCUUUUAGGUCACGUCGGGGACGGUAAUUUCCAUUGUGCAUUGAUCUUCAAAGCGGACGUCCCGGGUGAAUUUGAGAAGGUUGAUGCUGCUGCCCAUAGAAUGGUCAAAAGAGCCAUUGAGUUACAAGGGACAUGUACUGGUGAACAUGGUGUCGGUAUAGGUAAACGAGAAUAUCUUCCACUCGAACUUGGAGAAGGUACUUUGGGAGUUAUGAAGCAGCUAAAGGAUACUCUUGACCCUAAAGGUAUAAUGAACCCUGGUAAAUUGUAUCCCGAUUGGUAA